CACUGAGCAAGGUUGUAUUUCGUGUAUGUUAGCUUCUAAGUGACAUAUAAUUGGUAUCAUAGUCCAAAGUUUACUUUAUUUGUUAAGAGUGAUAGGUGUUUGAGUCGAUUAUUACAUCAUGUCCCUUAUAAAGAUACAUGUACUAGUUUCCUAAUAUAACACAAAAGGUAUGACUAAGUCAACUGCAAAGAAGCGCAGUCAAUCUAAUGAUGUAAAUGGAGCAACUUUGAGACAGGAGAGCCAAGAGGAGAAGAUGUUAGAUUUGUUGCAUGAAGAGAGGAAGGAGAGAGAAAAGAUUGUGUUAUGGCGACAACCAGUCACAACACUGCAUUAUUUUGUCAGAGAAUCUGUAUGUCUAACGUCUGAAUUUUCACAAAGGUUACUGAAAUGGAAAAAGACAGUGGUGAUUUGCUUAGCUUUAUUCAUACUAGCAGCAUUAGCCUAUAAAACUGAAGGCCCACAUCAGCAGGGGAUCGGUACACUCCAGAAGACCCUGCUGUGGUGGGGUUACUGGGUGGGACUGGGGAUCCUGUCCUCAGUGGGUCUGGGGACAGGCUUACAUACAUUUCUCUUAUAUCUGGGUCCACAUAUAGCAGCUGUUACAUUAGCAGCCUAUGAGUGCAAUUCAAUUGACUUUCCAGAACCACCAUAUCCUAACGAUAUUGUGUGUCCUGAUGGAGAUACAAGUAAAAAUAUCAUUACCAUGUGGACCAUCAUCAGUAAAGUUAGAAUUGAGGCCAUCAUGUGGGGCGCAGGGACUGCAAUCGGUGAACUCCCUCCUUACUUCAUGGCCCGCGCAGCCCGCUUGUCUGGGGCAGACUUGGACAGUGAUGACUUUGAGGAAAUCGAGGAACUUUUACAUGAAAAGCAAAGCCAUCCAGAAGAAAUAGGUUUCUUGGAGCGAGCCAAAAUUGGUGUGCACAACCUUGUCCAAAAAGUUGGCUUCUUUGGAAUUUUAGCUUGCGCAUCAAUUCCCAACCCACUAUUUGAUUUAGCUGGCAUUACCUGUGGACAUUUCCUCAUUCCAUUCUGGACUUUCUUUGGUGCAACUUUAAUAGGAAAGGCAAUUAUUAAAAUGCAUAUACAGAAAUUCUUUGUUAUUUUCAUCUUUAGUCAUCAUCAUGUAGAACAACUUGUUAGACUUAUAGGGGCUAUUCCAAGUUUUGGGGAAUCUCUCCAGACGCCAUUCAAAACAUAUUUAGAGGCGCAGAAAAAGAAACUUCACCACAAAGCUGGCUCUAACAUUCCAGGAGAGGCCAAUCUUCUGAGCUGGAUAUUUGAGAAGGUGGUCAUAGUAAUGGUGGUCUACUUCCUUCUUUCCAUCCUAAACUCAAUGGCCCAAAAAUACCACAAAAGACUCUGCAAGACACAGCACAAAAAAUACAUGCACUAGCUAUAGAGAGAGAGAGACCUCGCCAGUAAAUGUUCAGCAAGCCAUAUGCCUUUUUCAGACUUUUAGAAAAAUAAUUUAUUCUGUUAGUAGUCAACCACAUCAUCUUUCUUUUUCUCUUUUUUUUUUAAUUGCUGCUCAUGUUUUUUGUCUCAGGUAAAUGUAAUAUUAUGUUAUUAGUUAUACAUAUAUGUAUAUACAUAUAUGUGUAUAUGUGGGGUGUACAUGUAUUUUCAUAUAGUUUAAGUUUGAUGUAUUAUUUAAAAAAAAGUUCAUGCAAUAUACUUUUCCUUUGUAUCAAGUUUGAUUUAGAUUUCUUUUUAAAUGGUAUUUUGAUGUGUGUUUAUAUUGAAGAAAUAUGUGGACCAAAAACUUGGAAAUUGCAAUAUCAUGUCGCAGUUUAAACAGAUAUUAAAUACAAAAGUACUGUAGAUUUUUGUAUAUCUGCUAUACUCAAUAGUUCAUUUGAUUGUCUUCAUGAUCGCAACCUGCGAAAACAAGUUCACUCAGCUAUUUUGAAUUAAAUGUACUAACAAUAAAUGUAAGUCACUGUCAUUUAUGUGUUCCCAAAACUGUAAAGUUCAGAUCGGUAGACCAGUGUUAAUAGUUUAUAAGACAUAUAAACCAGUUUAACUGGCAACAUACACCUAGGUUGUGAUUGAAAUCAGAUAGAUACAUAGAAAUCAAAUUUUAAAAGUUCAUGUUACCAGGUACUUCAUGUUUCUGUCGUCUGCAAAAUUUUUACAUUUCAAAUGAACGCUGAGUAUUACAUGUAAAUGCUGUAGUCUAUAGUUAUCCAGGUUAAAGUUAGUGUGUGAAUCUAUGGUAUAAAGAAAGUUUUUUUUAUAAUGCAGGUUGUAUAACACCAAGAUUAAGCUUCACCUGUCUAAUUUGUAUUUUUCAAUAGAUGUUCAAAGAUAACAGUCUUUUCAGUGUAGAUAAAACAUGUAUGAUGUAUAUUUUAACAAUUUCAGUGAGUUUUGUUAUAUCGAGGUAUUUUAUUUUUAUUUCAAAUUAAUGAUACAUGUACUUUGAAAUAACACUUUUUGGACACAAUUGCAGUGCUGUUUAAUGCAUUGUAUUAAAUUCAUAUUAUCUGCCAUCCCUGAAAGUAUCAUGAUAUUCACUUAGUCUCUGAAAUAAUAAUAUGAAUAUGUGUUACAUGUAAGUCAUAUUUUUUAUAAUUGUUUGUGUGCUUCUUGCAUCUUAAUAUGGUUUUGUGAAAGUUUGAACUUGUGGGGGAACAAAAUAAAGAUUUUGAUAAUAACACAUUUAUUGAUAAGUAUUUUAUACUUUCUAGUUAUUUCUAUUUGAUACAUCCAAGAACACAACAAAAAUUGCAUUAUUGAAUUGCAGAUACUAUGUAAUCAGAAAAACACAUUUUUUUUUUUUUUUUUUUUUUUUUACAAAUUUUUGUUUUGAAAUCCAACGAAGAUAUAGUACAUACUUAGGAAGUAUUGUAUGCAAUUAAUUUGAUGUAUGUAAAAAUCCUGCACAGGGUAAAUAAAUUAAAGGGAAGGCUAAGGUACCAGCGAUUCUGAUUCUCAGUACAUGUGAACUGGCAGUGUAGGGAGGUAAACAUAUGCUUUGUGUAUGUACUGUGGUGUCCUUAUGUGUAUGGUGCUUCACUGGGGUGAUUUCAAAGGCCUUUGUAAAGUCUGUAUUGUUUUGUUUUUUUUUAAAUAAAAAAAUUGUGUUGGGAAGCAUUUAUUUUAAGUUUUAAAUAAUUUGUACAUUUAUCAGAAUAUAUACAAAUAAAUUUCAUCUGUGAGUA